CCUGUGUCCUGUCCCACGCCUCCACUGGUUAGAGACUCCGCCCCGCUGCGGCCGGCCUCGCUUCGCUCCCCUCCGCCCCUCCCUCUCUCUGGCUUAUUUAUCGCGCCGCGCGAUCCGCGCUUAAACCGUUGCACUCCCCACCGAUUCACACCGCUGCUACAGCCACCCGCGCGCCCGUGCCUCGCCGCGAGCAACUUCGAUACACCCUAGCUCGAUGGCGGAGGCGCUGGGAGCGCUGUGCCGCGCCGGGAGCUGGUCCUACGCGGCGAUCUGGCGCUCCGACCGUCGCGACCCUCGGUUGCUUACGAUUGGAGAGUGCCACUGUGAAGAUGAAGCCAGAAAAGUGGUAGAAAAGAUGGUUAAUCAGGUCCAUGUUGUUGGAGAAGGCGUCAUAGGAAGAGCUCUAAUAAGUGGGGAGUGCCAAUGGAUUUCUGAUGAUAACCCCUUCAGUUUGUCUGAGAUAAGUGAUGCAGAUAACAUAGGCUUAUUUCAGGGUUAUACUUGGUGGCAACAUCAGUUCCUGAGUGGAAUAAAGACUAUUGCAGUAAUACCUAUCCCGGUGCUUGGUGUGGCACAAUUCGGUUCCAUGCAAAAGGUUUCUGAAAGCUUAGAGUUUCUGGAUCAAGUUAAAGGCACAUUUUUUCUGACAGAAAGCGUUUUGUUGCAUCCUUCAACAGAAAAUAUUCAAAAGGAUGUUUUCCAGUACAAUACACAAUUUCAACUCAAUUCUCCAAGUACUACAGAGGGUCUUGUACGUAUUAAGGCUGAACCAGAAAACAUGAGACUUGUGGAGAACACAGUAACCAUAGGUUCUCUGAACAAUUUUGCAAUUACUUCAAGCAAUCACUCUCUGAGUUCUUCAAAUGGUUUCACCUCCUAUGAAAGUUGCAAUCGUCUGAAUCCUCAUAUAGUGGCCAUGCCAGUGAACUCCAAGUCAAUAAGUGCGGUCAAAGUAUUUCAUAGUGUCAGCAAUUUGCAGCACAAUAAUACUUCAGAAAAUACACUAGAGAUCAAAUCCAGUAAAGAGCCUGGUUCUAGUUUGACAAAUGCUGCCACAACUUAUUCAAGUUUGAACAAUCUUCCAAGAAUAGAGCAUGGGCUGUCAUGCUCACCUAACAAGCUACGAUAUUGCCCUCAAAGUGAAAAAUCAUCAAGCUUACGGGACUCAUACGCAUCAUUAUUCUGUACGGAUCGUGAGCUGAAACCCACUUUAUUUGACAAUACCACUUCGUUUGUUCAAAGUGCAGUAAUCCGAGAGGUUGAUACUAUUGGAUUUACUUCUCAUGCUCAUGAGUUCUAUGAAUUACCGAAUGAAAUAUGGGGAGAAACUGCUGCAGGGGCGAUAAAACCAGUCAGAAAAAGAAACUAUGAAAAUAAUGACUUGCUUGAAAGUACAAUAUUUGAUCCUGUCAUGCAUAAUUGUUGGGAUGACACUGCCCUAAUAGCAGGAAACAUUUCACAUUUCGGCGCCACUGCCACGAACUCUGUUACAGAACAGGCAAGUACUGAUCCAUUAUCAGUUGAAGAGAGGGGGUUGUUCUCAGAAUCUAUCUUUGAGGAACUUCUUGGCUUUGGUGACAAUGUUGGUCCAGUUGUGGAUAGCAAUGAUCCAUUAGCUAGCUCUGUCUCAGGUUGUCAAUUGCCAAGGUACAACAUUCAAGAUUCAUUUUCAGCGUGCAAGGCACAAGUACCAUCAUUCACAAUCCCUUCCAGUAGCUGUACAUCUGAAAAUGUUCCGAUUGAAGCAUCAAAGAUAAUCCCAGUGUCAUUGGGGAAUUUAGUUAUAGAUGAUUGUUGCAGUUUGAACACUGCAAAUUCCAAGGUUAGCCAGGUAAAGAAGCCUGAAGGAGUAAAGGUUAUUAAGAAAAGAGCUAGGCCAGGUGAAAGCACACGGCCAAGACCAAAGGACCGGCAACAGAUACAAGAGCGCGUUAAGGAGCUACGUGAGAUAGUCCCAAAUAGUGCGAAGUGUAGCAUUGAUGCUUUGUUGGACCGAACAAUCAAGCAUAUGCUCUUUCUACAAAGUGUAACAAAGUAUGCAGAAAAGAUUAAGCAAGCUGAUGAACCGAAGAUGAUAAGCAAAGACAGUGGUGCUGUCUUGAAUGAUAACUCAAAUGGUGUUGUCUUGAAAGACGAUCCAAGUGCUGGAAGCAAUGGAGGUGCCACAUGGGCAUAUGAGGUUGAAGGGCAGACUAUGGUUUGCCCAAUAAUUGUUGAGGAUCUUGCACCACCUGGUCAGAUGCUUGUUGAGAUGCUAUGUGAGGAACGCGGAUUUUUUCUAGAGAUAGCUGACACCAUACGUGAAUUUGGGCUGACAAUCUUGAAGGGACUGAUGGAACUUCGUGAUGGCAAGAUAAUGGGUCGAUUCCUUGUCGAGGCAAACAAGAACGUGACCAGGAUGGAUAUAUUUUUGUCACUUGUUCAGUUACUACAGCAAAAUAGCCUCAAUCGAUCUUCUGAGCAGCUAACUAAGGUCAUUAACAAUGGGAUUCCAUCUUUUGCGGAGCAUCAGCAGUCACCUAUUUCGUUUCCAGUUGGCCUUGCCGGGAGAUAGUAAUGACCACAAACAUUUCGAAUAGACCAUAUUAGAAGGAAUCAAUCGACAACAUUCGAAGCGCUGAUUAGUGCUUGAAGGUGACCUCAGGUGUUGAUAGAAAUGACAAAUGUUAAGGAUGUAGCAAAUGCACACUACAAUUUGAAGAAAGUUCAAUUAGCGAUGUUCACUAGAAGAUGUACAAAUUCUUAUGUAACCAAUUUAGGAAUAUCUAUGUUGUUGCCUGUAAUAUGGGCACCGGUGUAUGUUGGUUA